AUGGCCUCUUCACAACCCUUUGGCGACACCAUCGUCGGUGCCGCCCUCGACCCCGUGAGCGGCAAGGCCGUCUCGGCUCCUGCUCACGAUGCCAUCAACGAGAAGCUGGGUCAGGACAAAUCCGAUGUCAUUGCUGCGACCACCAGCACCGAGAAGGGAGAGAUCCAACCCAUCAGGUCCACUGAUGAGAGCGACAACGACAAGGGCAGCGAAAGCGACCCGGACGCCAUCAUUGUCACUGGCUCAGAUGUGGCCAAGCAUCUGCUGUCUCUACGUGACGAUGGCGAUCCGUCUCUGACUUUUCGUAGCAUGGUUCUCGCGACAGGCCUGUCGGGGUUCCAGUCUGUGAUGAACCAGAUCUACCAGUUCAAACCCACUCUUGUCACGAUCCAAGGUACCUUUAUUGUGCUCAUCGCCUACUUCCUCGGUCAGGCAUGGGCCAAAUUUCUCCCUCGUGGCGACAGACUCGAGGCUCGCUGGAGGGCAAAAGGAGGCCAGGGAAAGGUCCCCUUCUGGAUAGCGCUCGUGUCAUUCUUCAACUAUGGAGAAUGGGGCCUCAAGGAGCACGCCAUUUGUUCAAUCACUGCGACGGCCGCCUCCAACGCUGCGGCCAGCAGCACCGUCUUUUCAGCUCAGCUGCUCUUCUACGAUCUGCCCUUGAGCCCGACCACCGUUGUUCUGACUGUCAUCUCCAUUGGUCUGUUUGGCUAUGGACUUUGCGGCAUCCUGCGACCCGUCACCGUCUGGCAUGUCGAUGCCGUCUACUGGAGCACCCUGCCGACGGUCAAGACCCUUCAGGGACUUCACUGGCAAGAAAUCAAAUCGUCCAAGCCUAUCCGAUACUUCUGGAUCGCCUUCGUCGGCAUGUUCUUCUACGAGUUCUUCCCUGCCUAUAUCUGGCCUUGGCUGAACGCCGUCUCCAUUCCUUGUCUCGCCUCGAUGAAUGCGACUGGGGCAACGGGCGCCACUCUCACCCGUCUCUUUGGCGGUUCUCUGAACAAUGAGGGACUUGGUCUCUUUGCAAUCUCGUUCGACUGGCAAUACCUUACAUCGUUCAGCACAUCUUUGCCGCUUACCCUGCAGGCACACACGGCGGUUGGAUACUUCAUCUGCUUCUUGGCCAUGUUGGGCAUUUACUACACCAACCAGUGGGAUGCCCAAUCGCAACCCUUCAUGUCGACCAAGCUGAGGUCCGAGGACGGUGGCUCGUAUCCUACAUCAAAGGUCUUCGCUGGCGGGAUUCUCGACAAGACCGCUCUGGCCAAGUAUGGCAUUCCCAUGCUCUCGGGUUCAUUUGCCUACGGCAUGUUUAUGGCCAACGCUGCCAUCGGCGCCCUCGUCACCCACUGUUUCCUGUUCUGGGGCGGAGACAUCAAAAAGACGUACCGCAGCGCAAGAGAGGGCAGAUUUGACGACCCUCACCAUGUUCACAUGGCUAAGAAGUACAAGGAAACCCCGUGGUGGUGGUUCAUGGUUGUCCUUGUGGGUAGCUUUGUCCUCGGUCUCAUUGUUGUCACGACACAGAACAUUACGCUUCCGGCGUGGGCUUACAUCGUCUCGUUGGUUCUUGGAACUAUCAUAGCGCCAUUUUCCACCCUGCUUUAUUCCCGCUACGGAAACGGCAUUGCUACCAACAAUCUUUCCAAGAUGAUUGCUGGACUCGUUCUCCCCGAACGCCCGAUCGCAAACAUGUAUUUCGCCGCCUUCAGCCACAAUGUUAUCCUGUGCACGCUCAACCUCUCCAAUGACUUGAAGAUGGGUGAAUAUCUCAAGAUCCCGCCUCGGAUUAUGUUCUUGACCCAGAUCUACGGCACAGUUCUUGGAGGCUUCAUCAACUAUGCGGUCAUGGUCGCAAUCGUUACUGGAAACAAAGACCUUCUCGUCAACGGCAAUGGCGAUGCCGCGUGGAGUGGUGCAAACAUCCAGUCGUACAACACCAACGCCACAUCCUGGGCGCUGGCGAGCUACCUCUACAAGGCUGGCGGUAGAUACUGGCUUGUUCCCGUUGGAUUGGGAAUUGGUGGCGCCAUUGUCGUUGCCCACCGCAUCGUCUACUACUUCAAACCCAGGAUCGGCCGCUUCGACCUCCUAGACAUCAACAUGCCGCAGCUGAUCCAGUACGCCGGCUUUAUCCCCUACAACGCAUCCCAGACCUGCGUGCUCUUCAGCCAGAUCAUCGCGGGCUUCUUCAUCCAGUUCUACCUGCGCAACUACCGCCCCCGCAUCUUCAGGGACUACUCGUACCUGGUCACGGGCGCCUUUGACGGCGGCAGCCUGCUGGCCCUCUUCGUCCUGUCGUUUGCCGUGUUUGGCGCCGGCGGCGCCGUCGUGGCUUUCCCGCAAUGGUGGGGCAAUAAUGCCGCUGGUAAUUAUGAUCUUUGCCCGGUUACUGAGUAGAUGUUUUGUAAUUCUUUGUUUCGGUGGGAAAGGCUGGGCGGC